GACUCGUUUCCCGCGAUGCUGCCCGCACCGGCAAGGAGACCCGACCCGGCCACGCGUCCGGCCGUGCGGGACGAUGGACACAAGCUCAUCCCCUUUGCCAAGUGAGUCGUCCCCACCGCGUGGAGAGGGGACGAAGGGAAGGUAGGCGCCCAGUGUCCCCCCGACGGCAGUGCCCGACGAGGGACUUGGGGCUCAAAGCCUGGUCUCCGCAGGCGCACGACGCGCUCGGCUGUCCCGCCGACGGGUCCCCUCCAGAACGGCGGUGUCCCGGCCGCGACGUCAAGCGCGGCCCCAGGGUUAGAAGGACGAGGGACGGACGGACGGAGCUGGCCUUCGAGGGGAGAAGACGGCACGUCUCAACACGAGUGUGACCUCCCUUAGAGUGUCAGGAGAGACGAAGUAGUGACCUGUGCUGGCAACCGGGGCGCUCUGCAGACACUUGUACCAGGCGGCUGUGGAAGGCGGCUCUGGGGACCCGAGUCUGAGCUUGGAUCUGAAGAGGAGAAUCAGCCGGUCCGACAAGAGCCCAGGCGGGGGGUGAGGGGAGAAGAAGGAAGAGUGGGGGGACCCCCAGGAAAGAGAGAGGCGCGGGAUCUUGUAGGACCAGGAAGCCCGCCAGCGAGACUGAAACUGGGUGACCCAGGGAAGAGUAGAGAGCAGCGUCGGCAUUGGGGGCCAGCGUCUGCAGGACCUCCCAGGCCACUGGGAAAGGUUCGGGUUUCAUCCUAAGGACAGUGGAAGUCAGUGGAAGGUUCUCAGCACGGAGAUGACACGAGCAGAGCUUUCUCCUUCCUCCCCGAUUUCUUUGUUGUGAAAAAUGUCAAAAAGCAAAGUAGAGAAACACUCGUCCUGGAGCUAGCGUCCUGGAGCUAGCGUCUGCGUUCUGGGAGCUAUCUACCUCAAGGUUCCAGGCACGAUCCACUUAUCUGUGCCACCAUCUAGCCGCCUCCCGCUCAGCUUCUUUUGAAGUAAAUCUCCACCAGUCCGUCAUUUCAAACGACCAUGGUUAAAGGUUUAUUCACACUGCUCGGGCAGCAGACAUGAUUGGGGUGAGGACAGCAGCAGGGGGAGCCCCUUGCCUUAAUAGUCCGGGCUGGGGCAGAUGAGCCGGAACAGCGGUGGAGGAAGCAGAAUGGGCGAGGAGCGCUCAAAUCGGAUGUGUUCCAGGGUUGUCUGCCGAUCGGCACCCCCCGGCUUGCCUUCCCAGAGCCCCGGACUGAUGCCCCAGCGAUACGGAGACCUCUUCUGGGAGAACCUUAGCCAAAAGCCCAGCCCCACCUGGAUGGAAGAACAGUACACCCCACCCCUGCAGAGAGCCACUGGAUGCUCCCAGCCUAGCCUGUACCCCCCUGAGGGGCUCCCACCACCGGAGCUGCUUUGCAGAAGAAAGAGAAGGAGGCCCCCUUUGGCAGGAAUGCAGCAGGGACCUGGGGGCAUCCCAGCCCGGGUGAGGGCAGUCGCUUAUCACCUGGAGGAUCUAAGGAGGCGACAGAGACUCAUCAAUGAACGGAAAAAUGCCCAGUGGGGCACCUCUGGGGCUGCAUCUGAGCCCCUGGCUCUUGCCCAUGACCUCGGUGGAGUCCCUAGUGCCACCCAAUACCGGGGUCUGGAAGAGGAGAGGGCUGCCUAUCCACAGGAAGACGGCCACCUUCUCACCAGUGGCGGGACCCAGCUGCUCUGGUCUCCCUGGAGCCCCCUGGACCAAGGCGGGUCUUGCCUCCCCAGGCGGCUGGACUCCCUGGCCUCCUACAGCGCUGUCGGGGCUAGCAGGACGCUCCUCUGCAAGCCCUGGGGGAUGGAGGUGCGGUCUGAGGAGUGAGGAUGGACGCCGUGCCCCCGCUGCCCCCCGCUGCCGCCGCCCCGCGGGCCCCAGGCUGGCUGGCGGCCCUGGACCUCCCGACUUGUGACAGCCAGGCUCUUCCCCUUCCUUAACGUCUCCCAGCUGCCCCCACCCCUAGCCCCUUCGUCCUCCCUGGUCAACCCGCUCCUCGCGGGGCUUCCCCGGGCCGGCUGCCCGCCCCUAGUCCCCAGGCUGGAUACCGGGCCCUGUGCCCCCUCCUCUGUUCUGGCAUUAAAAAGCAAGCGAGUCGA